AUGUGGUUUUGGUUCCUUUGCGUGGCUUCGGCCGCGGUGUAUUCGGUAGACGGUGCAGGCGCCGGUGCCGCCCGCCUUGUUUGUUACGUUGAAGGCGCGCGCGCAUCCGAUUUUACCGAGUGCACGCAUCUCGUUUACGCGGGCGACGCGAGAGGAGAAAAACUUAACGCUCUGCUGAAGGACUAUAGGAAAGACAACCCUAGACUCAAGAUUUUACUGCGUGUGAGCGAAGCGGAUGAGAAACUUGAAGACCUUCUCAAAUCCAAACAUGUCCAAGGUCUGGAAGUCCACGACGCACACCGUACUUUCAAUAAAUCAAAAGCUCUGGAGACCGUUGAAGCCGCCAGAGCAGCAAUCAGUUCUUCCGGCGGGGGUCCAUUAUUUCUUUCUCUACCAGCACAUCCUGAACUUCUGGCGAAGUAUUACGAUCUCAGAGCUUUAAUGAAAUCAGUUGACUUAAUGAUGGUUCAGACUCAUGCCUUGGGUCUGGUGAAGAAGAUGACUUAUCAUCCAAGUCGAUUAAGUGGUUUAUGGGAUAUGAUGAACACGGAUUCUGUAGUGGAUCUUGUAAUUGGCUUGGGAGUACCUGCAUCUAAAAUCGUAAUAAGUUUACCAGCAACCGCUAGAAAGUUUACACUCCUCAACGAGACCCUUAGUACACCUGGGAGCCCUACUGAAGAUGAUGAUCCUAAGGAAAUUGACCAAGCAGAGCUCUGUAGACAAUUACGCAAAGGAAGGUGGACGUUAGAAAGAGACCAGGAUCUGUCCGCGCCUUAUGCUUUUAAGGACAAAACCUGGAUUUCGUUUGAAGACGCAUCUUCGGUUGACGUUAAAGGAAAAUAUGCACGUGUAAGAGGGUUAGCGGGUUUGGCGCUCUUCAAGGCAGACCGAGACACUGAAACUCCCUGUGGUCCCACUCUGAGAGCUGCAUUGACAAAAGUACUGAACCAGCAAAGUAGAGCUCCUAGAGCUGCUGUAUUAAGAUCUCUGGAGAAUGAGAUUCUAUCAGCACCGGGGCAGUUCCGUGCGUUGGACGCUCUGCAAGUCUCUCCGUACCGCAUAACGCAAGUUGUCGACUCCGAUGGAGUUAUACAUUCGAUCCGAGAGGACACGAGAACGGAAUUUUCAUGCACACGUCAAGGGUACUUUGUUCAUCCUCGCUCUUGCGCUAGAUUCUACCGUUGUGUGAAGUUCGACCAGCUGUCUCCAGAGUUCACCGUUUUCGAGUUCGACUGUCCUGCGGGUCUUGCGUUCGAUUCUCGUUAUGAGGUGUGCGUGUGGCCAGGAAGUUUGCCGCACUCGCAAGCCUGUCCCGGCUCGUCAGAAAUCGCUCCUGUCCCACGUUCUCGCUUCCAAUGCCCUGACCAUGAAGGAUACUACGCGGAUCCAGAGAACUGUCGCUGGUUCUUCGCUUGUCUUGAUCACGGAAAGGCACCACUUGAAGCUUACGAGUUCCGUUGUCCCUUCGGUCUCGGUUUCGACGCUGCUCGUCUGAAGUGUGACUGGCCAUGGUUGGUACCUGGCUGCGGAAACAUCGCGAGAUACGAGGCUGAAGCGUUUGGUUUUUCUGGUGCUGCUCUGUCUGGUGCUACUGGAUUCCAAGGAAAAACAGCCGACUCAGUCAACAUAGCUGCUCACCAGAGCUUAGUUUCUGGAGCGUCUUUCGAUAAUCUUGUAGGAAUUCAAAACGGAUUCUUAACUAAAGAUGACAUUCUCGAUACGAAUUACAUUGCAUCUCAAGAAAUCUCUAGCCAGGGAUUUGCUGGACCAGGGACUUAUCAAAUAGACGACGGAGAGCCAAGUGGGCUUUCUUAUAAUAUUGUUCCUGCAGACAACAAGGGUUUAGGCCAAGCUGCAAAUUAUAAUAAUGAUAAUAAAUAUACUAGUGGAUCUUUAAUUCUUGAUGAAUAUAGACUACCUAGUAACAAAGGUAGCUACUCUGGAAUAUACAACGCUGCACAGAAAUUGAACGCAGGCGUAUACAAAUCAUCUUCACGUUUUGACUCAGGAAAAUAUAGAGGAAACGAUGCUUAUCCUGGGGCAUCGCCAAGUUACAACAGUGGAAAAUAUAACGGAGGAUAUUAUCGUAAAGAUAAAUCUGGUGCAUACGUUCACAACCCUGCAGGUGAUCGCGCUAAGCCUUACAUACAUAUAGAUGUACCUCCAGUACCUUAUGAACACAUUGAUUUCAAAUAUAAACAAACAAAUGAUACUGGUGGAGAGUAUACAGGAACUAAUGCUAAUGGUGGAGGGUAUACAGGAUCUUAUGAAACUAGUUCCAAUAAUCAAGACGGUAGCUAUUCGUCAUCAGGCGGCUACUUAUAUCCAAAACCUGCUAUAGAAUUCAAUGAGGGUCCCGCAGUAUCUCAAAAUUUCUAUAGUAGUGAAGGCAAACUCGAUUCCUAUCAAAGCGGGUCGAUUGGCGCCAGCGGUGGAACCACUACUACUUAUCAUGGCAGUUACAGCAUUGGUGGUGAUGGAAAAUACAUUUCUGACAAUGAAGAAUAUAAUGGAGCCACGCACACUUUAACUGCGGGAGCAGUAAAUGUUGAACUCGUUGGAAAAACAUCAUUAGUUGAUGUGGAUUUCGCUAAUCAAGCUAAUUAUGGCGGUCUAUCUAACAACUAUGAAGUAAUUCAUCAAGGUUACACAGCUGAACCUGCAGUUUCUGUAAGUCACGUUGGUACUAACAGUCAAAAUUUUGACGGUUAUAGCUUUGCAACAACACCCACUUCCUCUGGAGUUCCAACGACAGCGACACCUUUACCCGUUACUUAUAAAACAACAUACGUACCCGAAGUACCAAAAACUAGUAUUAAACAAGUUUUUGGUUACACUCAACCUGCCGUUACCUUGGUUCGACCAACUGUUGUCCCAAUCAACCAAGCUCCUCAAGUAAAAGUAACAGAUUACAAUCAAGGAUUAAAUUAUCAGUAUGAAAGCAAAGAUUAUACGUCAACAUAUAAUGCUGAUUCGACAAGACAAACCAAUUCCGAUGGAUACGUGUACACUAAACCUGCUGAUAACGAAAAUAUUGUAACAUAUAGUACAGCGAUACCAUCAGCUACUGUUAUUUCGUAUAAACCACAAGGAUUUGGACAUAGUCAACAGACUAUACACAAAGUGGAAUCUGUAGGUUUCGAUUACUCAACACCAAAACCAACUUACACUACGGGACCGUCAGUUUCUACUUAUGCUCAACCCACAGCACAAUCAUUUAAUCAACAAACUGUUCAUAGCGUAGAUAGUACUAGCUAUAAUCCAUCGAUUGACAUUAUUGAACAAAACGGAGCAAACAUUAAUUACGAAGUUCCACAAACUAUUAUAAAAUAUACAACACCUCAACCAGCUGUUUCAACAUAUCAACAACAAGCAUUCACUCAACAAACUUUGCAUACUGUUGACACAAGCAAAGUUAAUAUCUACUCGCAAGACCAGUACGAGCAAGGUUAUGAAUAUAAACAACCGAACAUAGAGUUUAAAGAAACGCCAAAAACUGUGAUUCAAUAUUCAACACCAGCUCCUACACUACAAGGAUACAGCUCUCAAACUAUACAAAGAUUUGGAAACAAACAGUAUGUACCCGUGUCGACAACUGUUCGUCCAACGGUUUCAACUGCAGUAACUAUCAAUGAAAAUCCAUUACUUAAAUAUACGAUAAAGGCAACGCCUACGACUUAUAUUAGUUCAACUUACAUUCCUCAAUCAUAUAGCCAACAAACAGGCGUUGGCUCCACAGGAUAUCAAUAUAACUCCGGAAAUAACUAUGAAGAAUCUAGUUACUACACGCGGUCAUCGCAGCCUGUUGUUCAAUCUACUCUGUCUACAUCUCAGCCUCAGUCUUACAGUCAACAAACGUUACAUAAAGUAGCAGCAAGUAAAGUAAACGCCAAUGAAGGUUCAUCAUUUUCGGGAUAUGAUUACACUCAGCCAGCUCUCUCGAUUAGUUACGAAAAUGCCAAGGUUAUAUCAUCGACACCUACACCCGUUGUUACGUCAACAUAUAAACCUACAUCAUACAGACAACAAACUAUUCACAAACUUGAAAGACAAAGAAUACCAUCAACGACGCCACUUUCGAUAGUUGAUUUUAGUUACGAACAAUCGGCUGUGACUGUUGACAAAAAUCCAUUCUUACAGUAUACCCAGAAAGUUACACCGAUAACAUACGCUGAGCCCACUGGAACUGUCAGUUUUGUUUCUCAACCAACUCAAUACGAAACUUCGGCACAACUGACAUAUACUAAUAAAGAAGGAUAUUCAUACAGUCAACCCGAAAUACAAAGCAAUGUAGAGGCUUUGAACACUGCCAAAUAUUCUGAUGCAAGCGCUGUAUCUCAUCAAACAUUCCAUCUAUCACAUGGCACUGGGAAUACACAUUACGAAUCUGGAAAAGAUGUCGUAUUUGUUUCCUCAACACCAGCCAAUUUAGUGUAUGAAGAUCAUUACGCAGAAUACGAAGCUCCUAAAAAAAUUAAAACAUACAAAGCACCAGAGUAUAUACCACCUAAACAGGAAUAUGAACAAACAGUCACCGUUUCAACACCAUCUACACCUACUACUUACCAACAAAGUUCAGUAGUACAUACUCAAGACCAAUUUGAUUAUAAGCCCGUAGAUUACUCUCAACAAUCAAUUUCUGAUACAUCGCAAAUAGUAGAAUCAGUUCAUUUUUCGUCAUUCCCUGAUACAAAAACUACACAGUACCAAGCCGGUUAUCAAUCACCAGAAAUACAAGUUGGUUACAAAGCUGAAGAAUAUUUGCCACCUAUCGUGUCUAUAAAAACACCCGUGGUAACAACUACCUACAGACCAAGAACAUAUUCAACUACUACAUAUUUACCCCCUACUCGCCCGAAAACUAAAUUUACGGCCCCUGAAUAUUUACCACCUCUUGAAAAUACAACGCCAGAAACUAAAACUUUAGAAUAUUUGCCUCCGCAUAAGGGAUCUAGUGCAAAAACGGUUAGUUUUGAAAGCUUCGGUUUUAAUAAAGAAGACGAAACGGUCAGAUCUGAUGCUAAGUUAAGUACUUAUCAAGACUACAGUGUACCAAAUGUUACGCCGAUAGCUGUUUCUUCAACUGUUGCACCUGUUUUGAGAAAACAGAAUGUAGUUGUAGAGGCGUCUAAGUCAAAUUUAUUAGGUUUUGGAACUGUAGGACCAGAUGCAGGAUUAGUUUCUACAAGUUUUACUACAGCUGUACCUAUUAUAUCUGAUAGUUAUUAUUUAUCGCCUAAACGUGUAACAUCGACAUAUGCUCCUGAGAUUAUAGAAGUUACAUCAGCUACUAGAAGAACCAGGCCAAAAUAUGUAAGACCAGCUGUUAAGUCAACUACUCAAUCGUACGUAGAAUCAACAACGGCAUAUCAUGCACCAGAGUACUUGCCACCAGUAGAGCAAGUCCUACAAGAAAAUGUUGAAUCUAUUGAGUCAUCAUACAAGAGUACAGCCAAACCAAAAAUCCGAUAUAAUCCAUACCAAGAGCAAAAAAUCGAAAAUUCUCCGAUCUACGUAUCAACAGUUUCAACACCCAUAAGGAAACAAAACAUCGUAGUUGAAACAGCAAAAUCUCAGCUACUUGGUUUUGGUACUGUUGGAACUGAUGCCGGUUUAGUUUCUUCCUCUUCUAAUGGUGUUUCAGACUCCGUUGUAAUAUCUAAUGAAGGAUCUUCAUACUCUACAGUGCCAGUUGAACAAGAAUUAAUUGAGGUUACACAAGAAGUCAGAAGGAAAACAAAGCCUAAAGUGGCAGUAGUUACAAAAAUAAAUGAUUUUAACCCUCUUCUCGUCAGAAAAUUAGGCGCCGUUUGCAGUUGUCAAUCGCCUAUCUUAAUUCUUAGAGGUAAGAGACCUAUUAAUCAAGAACAAGAUAUUGAUUAUAGCACAAGAUACGAAAACACAGGAAGCGAAGAUUUUAAUGACAACGCUUGGGCACAAAAAUCAGCUAGAAUUUCUACACGCCCUGUCGCUACAGCUACACCAAUAGUUACUUCUACUUUCAAUCCGAUUAUUGUACCCGAUGAUUCUUUCUACCAAGACUAUCAGGAUUCUAGUAAUGACAAUAUCGCUAUUGCUCCUGUUCAGAAGGAAUAUACCGAAAGAUUUGUUUCCAGUACACCUAUAAUUUCAACAACAGAAAGGGUCGUAAGAAUAAAACCACGUGUUAAGGAAGUUACUGCGGCACCUACAUAUAAAACUAUUAUAUUGAACGAAGAAUCUGCUUCUGGCAACGCACAAGAAUCUGAUUCGACAGUCUCUGAGACUGAUUCCCAAUCAUUUGAUCGUUAUGGUCCUGGAGGUUGGAGAAACCGAGAUGAGACUUUACAGGGUUCAAUAGAUUGUAAGAGGGCGGGAUUGUUCCGGCAUCCGAAACAAUGUAAUAAAUUCUAUGCUUGUAGAUGGGACUGCACAAAACAAAGGUUUACUCUUCAUGUAUUUAACUGCCCAGUUCAGCUUAGUUUUGACCCUAACUUAGGUGCUUGCAACUGGCCUAGCCAGGGACCCGCUUGCCAAGGCGACACGCUGCUUACAAAUGCUCUCUAAAACAAAUUGUAAAUGAACGGUUUUGAAUCUCAACGUGCCAUCAAAAUUGUAAUAUAAGAUGUGAUCAUAAAUAUCCUACAAUUUUGAAAUUUUGUAUUUGAGCUAUCUAAUAAGUUUAAUCUCUCUUUAUAACAUCUAGGCUUAUUUAUUUGUUUGAUUAUUUUAAUGUUAAUUUAUAGUUAUUUAUUAUUCAUGGUCUUUUCAAGCUUGUGAUUGCAAAGCAUUAUCUUGGCAUUGAUUGAAAUAAGUUACCUUUGUCUAGUUCAUUUAGUAUAUUAUUACGUAUUGUGAGUUGUGGAGUCAUUUUUAUAUGUUUGUAAACGCUGUAAUGUAAAUAUAUCAUUUAUUCAUGUA